AUGGCGAGAACUAAGGACACACUAACCGUGACCCCGGCAUCUCGCACCAGCCGCUCACGAAGUCGUUCUCCCAGACCAAAAUCGAAGAAUACUCCACAGAAGGUCGAUUAUACCUCGGAUGGAGUGACGGAUAAUGACAUCUUCAACCUUCCGCUAUCAGACUACAGAUGGCUUGCUGGGCUGACUCUAGUCGCUGCUGCAGUCAGGUUGUUCCGAAUCUAUCAGCCUACUAGUGUUGUGUUUGACGAGGUGCACUUUGGCGGGUUUGCUACCAAAUAUAUCAAGGGCAGGUUUUUUAUGGAUGUUCAUCCACCAUUGGCUAAGCUGCUCAUUACGCUGGCUGGCUGGCUCGCUGGCUUCGAUGGUGAAUUCGAAUUCAAGAAUAUUGGGGAUGACUACAUCGAACCAGGCGUCCCAUACGUGGCUAUGCGUCUUCUUCCCGCGAUUCUGGGCGUCUUGACUGUACCUUUGAUGUUCUUGACCCUGAAAGCGACGGGGUGCAGGACUUCGACCUCGGCCAUGGGCGCACUGCUGGUCACCUUUGAAAAUGCCUUGACUACCCAGUCGCGCUUCAUCCUACUCGACUCGCCUCUUAUUUUCUGCACUGCACUGACCGCCCUAUGUUUCUCAUGCUUCACCAACGAACAAGAACAAGGGCCAUCGAAAGCCUUCAAAGCACCGUGGUGGUUUUGGUUGAGCACGACUGGUCUCUCACUCGGUGCCACCCUCAGCGUCAAAUGGGUGGGACUUUUCACUAUUGCUUGGGUGGGAUCUCUCACCUUGGUUCAACUCUGGGUUCUUCUAGGCGACCCCAACACAGUGACACCGCGUCUUUGGUUCAAGCACUUUUUCGCCCGGUUCUUUUGCCUAAUCGUUAUCCCAACCGCCUUCUACGUUAGCAUGUUCGCUAUUCACUUCCUCUGCUUGGUGAACCCUGGAGAGGGAGAUGGUUUCAUGUCGUCCGAGUUUCAAGCCACUUUGAACUCUAAGGGAAUGCAGGAUGUUCCAGCCGAUAUUGCGUUUGGUUCUCGAGUUAGCAUUCGCCAUCUCAACACCCAGGGUGGCUACUUGCACUCUCAUUCACACAUGUAUCCCACUGGAAGCAAGCAACAGCAAGUCACUCUAUACCCCCACAAGGACGAGAACAACGUCUUCCUCUUGGAGAACCAAACACAACCUCUUGGCCCCUAUGGAGAAAUCGAAGGACCACUCGCAUGGGAUAAUUUGACGGCUGAUUGGAUUUACGACGGUGCUACUAUCAAAUUGUAUCACUUGCUCACUCAUCGGCGUAUUCAUUCUCAUGACGAGCGCGCUCCUAUAACAGAAGUCGACUGGCAGAACGAGGUCUCCGCCUAUGGCUAUGAAGGGUUCCCUGGCGACGCCAAUGAUCUCUUCCGAGUGGAGAUCGUCCAAUCAAUAUCUGAUGGAGAGGAAGCCAAGAAACGUUUACGCACUAUCCAGACUAAAUUUAGACUCGUACACAUCAUGACCGGCUGUACACUGUUCUCCCACAAGGUGAAACUGCCAGACUGGGCAUUCGACCAACAAGAAGUUACCUGUGCGAAGGGAGGCACUCUACCUAAUAGUAUCUGGUAUAUUGAGUCAAAUACCCAUCCAUCAUUGCCUCCAGAUGCAGAGAAAGUCAACUACCGAAACCCAGGGUUUUUGGGCAAAUUCCUCGAACUUCAAAAAGUCAUGUGGACCACUAAUGCCGGAUUGACCGAAUCACAUACCUGGGACUCGCGCCCCCCUUCAUGGCCUACGUUACUGCGUGGUAUCAACUUCUGGGGUAAGGAUCAUCGCCAAGUAUACCUCCUUGGAAACCCUCUCAUCUGGUGGUCUUCAACUGCUGCAAUUGCGAUAUACGCUCUUUUCAAGGGAAUCACUAUUAUCCGUUGGCAGCGUGGCUAUAACGACUACAAGAACAUUAACAUCAAGCGUUUCGAUUACGAACUAGGCACUACAAUCCUUGGCUGGGCGUUCCACUACUUCCCAUUUUACCUUAUGGCACGUCAGUUGUUCUUGCAUCAUUAUCUCCCAGCCCUCUAUUUUUCGAUCAUGGGUCUAUCGCAAAUCUUUGAUUUUGUUUUCAAGCGUGUCCAAUUACCUGGUCUGGGAAAGAAAUCUGUGCUUGGCAGCAUCGUCAUUACAGUAUUCUUGGCUUUGAGCGUCGCUAUCUUUGCUGUCUACUCUCCUCUCGUCUAUGGAAACCCCUGGACAGAGAGUGCUUGCAACAGCGUCAGAUUGCUCAGUUCCUGGGACUUUGCUUGUGACACAUUCCAUACUGACUUAAGUAAAUAUACAUCACCUGUUCUAUCAGUCAGUAAUCCCACGCAAUCUGGGGCUCCGGCUGCCGCUAUUCCUCCGAAUUAUAAGCACGACAAUAACCAACAGCAAAUUCCAAACGGGCAAGAGAACCAGCAAUCCGCCGUAACAUCGAAACCCGCCAACUCGAGAAUCGUUAGCCGCGAGGAACGUGUGGAGUAUCGGGACGAAGCCGGCAAUAUCUUGGACCCGGAGAAAGUUGCUCAAUUAAAAAAGGAGGGUAAGAUAUCAAUGCAAACCAAGUACGAAACACAGACUCGCAUCCUCGAUGCGGAUGCCAAUGGAAAUUUCCAAAAGGCUGAACACGCCCCUCCUCACCCUGACGUUGAAGGCCAAAACCCAGAGACGAAUAGGAACGGCGCUGAUAAUGUUGCGCGAAAUGAGCCUGCUUCGGCGGUCGGGAUGGGAAAGUCGAUUCGUGAUGAAAAGGACCAGGAUAGCCCUCGGCCGGCGAGUGAGGGGAAUGAGGCUACUAGAUAA